AGGCUCUCCGCGCCAGCGGCAGGAAGAAGAGCAGUUAGCUGGUGUUCAGAGUGAAGAAGCAGCUCCGUUUCGAUCUCCGUCCUGUAGGACCAAUCAUUUGACCUCAUCUGUUAUCCUGCCUGCAGCUCCACAGGUGAACCUCUGGUUCUCCGGCUCCCUGAGGCUACACCCUUCACCUCCGUGAGCGUCACUCCAGCCCUUUCGUUGCUACUCUAUCACCGGUGCCUCCUCCUGCCUCCUCCGUCAUGACUGAGCCGGAGCUGCUGACGGAGGUUCCGGCAGCUCUGAAGCGCCUGGCCAAGCAGGUGGUCCGGGGCUUCUACGGCAUUGAGCACGCACUGGCGCUGGACGUGCUGAUCCGCAACCCCUGCGUGCGAGAGGAGGACAUGCUGGAGCUGCUGAAGUUCGACCGCAAGCAGCUGCGGUCCGUGCUCAACACGCUGAAAGGCGACAAGUUCGUCAAGUGCCGCAUGCGCGUGGAGACGGCGCCCGACGGAAAGACCACCCGCCACAACUACUACUUCAUCAACUACCGCCUGCUGGUCAACGUGGUCAAGUACAAGUUGGACCACAUGCGGCGGCGCAUCGAGACAGACGAGCGCGACUCGACGAACAGAGCGUCCUUCCGGUGCCCCUGCUGCCACAGCACCUUCACCGACCUGGAGGCCAACCAGCUGUUUGACUCAAUGACAGGGACAUUCCGUUGUACCUUCUGUCAGACUGAAGUAGAGGAGGACGAGUCUGCUGUCCCCAAAAAGGACGCCCGGACGCUGGUCGCCCGCUUCAACGAGCAAAUUGAACCCAUUUACGUGUUGCUACGGGAGACCGAAGACGUCAACCUAUCGCACGACCUGCUGGAGCCUGAGCCUACGGAAAUUCCUGCGCUGAAACUGAGCCGAGAGCGUGCGGCACCGUCCGGCGGGGCUGUGGGCGCCGGAGCGGCCGGCCAUGAGGUGUGGAAAUCGAAGGGCUCGUCGUACGACGACCUGUACACGCAGAACGUGGUCAUCAACAUGGAGGAGCAGGAGUCGCAGCAGAUAGCUGAGGCUAAGGCCCCCAAAGAGAGGCCCGUGUGGCUGACCGAGAGCACCGUGCCCGGGUCAUACGAGUCGGAAGCCCUCAAGACCUCUGGCGAAGACUCCAUGGUAACCCAGGAGGGCCUGGCUGGGCGUGGCCCUGCGCAGGAUGAGAACGAGGAAGUGAUGCGUGCCCUGCUCAUCCACGAGAGAAAGGUUAGCUCUGCCAUGGGGGGCGGAGCAGUCGCCAGGCCCAGCGCCCCAGUGGCCGGUGGCAGCGACUCUGAGAGCGAAACCAGUGAAUCGGACGAGGACUCUCCGAGCCAGGCUCCCGUCCACACGGCCGCGGCCGCUCCCAGGCCGGGGAGGCGGGACGACGAGGACGAGGACGAGGAGGAUGACGACUUUGAGGAGGUUGGAGACGAUCCGGUUGUGAUGGUGGGUGGAAGACCUUUCUCCUACAGAGAGGUGAGCCAGCGGCCAGAGCUGGUGGAGCAGAUGAGCGCUCAGGAGAAGGAGGCGUACAUCGAGAUGGGCCAGAACCUGUUUCAGGACAUGUACUUUUGAAGGCCCCUCUCUCUUUCUUUCUCUCUCUCUCUCUUUAUCUCUGUCUGUCUCUCUGUCUCUGUCUGUCUCUCUCUUUGUCUCUCUAUCGGUCAUUAUUUUUUCUA